AUUGUCUCUGCAUCUCAAUUCUUUUAUUUUAUAUUUUAUUUUAUAUUUUUUAUUAUUUUAUUUUUUAUUAUUUUAUUUUAUUUUGUUUUUAUUUUUGUUUGUUACUUUACUUUUUUAUUUUUUACUUUUUCUCCAACUCAAAUGACUUCAUGAAUUAUGAUAGACCUAUCAUAUCUACCUUCUUCUAAUUUUUGACUCUAUAAGAACAGAUGACUUUAACUUACCAAUUCCUCGAAUUCACAAGUUGUUUUUCUCUUGCCUCGAUCAUCGACUAUAUCAUACUCUUCCGUUUUACCUAUCAUUAUAUUGUUUUUUUGUUUUCACAUUGUUUCUCUUUAAUAAAAAGUAUCUCUGAUCUUUGUUUAUCUUUCGUCCAAUGGCGCGUUCUCCCAGCUUUUAACUCUAACCUAAUCGCCCUGCUUUUCCACGCUCUGAUCUCAGCUCGAAAAGCGCACCUUCCCAUUUGCCCCCAGCCUGACUCUGCUGCCUCUGCUGCCUUCUUUCUUCGCGCUGCUGCCGCUGCUGCGUCUGCUGGGGGCCGAUUAGGUUUCUGUGGUCGCCCACCCAUAAUAUUCGCACCUUCCUCGCAAACACAGCUGCUUCUGCUGCCCAUCCUGCAGUCGCCAGGAGUGCGCAAACAGCUGCUGCUUCCUUUGGAGCAUGUUCACUCCUCCGUUGUUCUAAAAGUUGCCAUAUUUCUCAAGGCUGCUGUUUCCAUGGCCUCUUUUUCAGUCCAAAGCUUAUUUCUUCAACGAAGAUCCAUCUAAGUUUGCAUUCAUUCCCAGUGAUAGCUGAUACGAUCAUAAACUAUCGCCAUGCCUCUCUUUCGAAGGCCACAGAUAGAGCUCUGCUACCUGCCAGCACAUAUAAACAGCAGUAGACAAGCCUGGUGCAAAGUGUAGAAUCAAAACUAAGACAAUUUAGAAUUUAUUCAUGACCAACAGUUUUCUAUGGGUAUAUAAUUGACCAAAAUGCAGCUACUUACUAAAAAAACCCAUUUGCUGUGCCUGUUGGGCACCAUUGCCGAUUUUCAGUCAACAGCACCAACGUUACAUUAAAAAAA